AAAAUAAAUUUAUCAAUUUUCGUGGAAAUAGACAUAAUUAUAUCUUUUCAAGAUGGGUAGAAGAUCAAUAAACACCACGAAAAGUGGAAAAUAUAUGAAUCCAACGGAUCAAGCGAGAAAGGAAGCUCGCAAAAAGGAACUGAAGAAGAACAAGAAACAGAGGCAAAUGGUAAGACAAGCAGUGUUGAAAAACAAAGAUCCAGGACAGUUAUUAGAAGAAAUGGAGAAAAUUGAUGAAAUGGAAUAUAAUGUUUUGCAACCAUCUCCACUGAACGAAAAAGUAUUAAAGGAGAAACGUAAAAAGUUGAAGGAGACAUUCGAUCGAGUCAUGAGAUUGUUACACGAAGAAGAUCCAGAAACAUUUUCAGAAAUGAAAAGAAAGGAAGUAGAUUAUGAAAAAAGGAAGUAUAAACGAGUGCAGUACUUUGAGAGCGUUAGACAUGCUGAACAAGUAUCUAUUGAGGAUAUUCCACUGCCGUCAGCAACAAAUGAAAAACCUUUACCAUCAACAAUUCCUAAAAUAAAUUUACCACCUCCAGUUUUGCUUACUAAUUUACCUCCAAUAAUGCCGCUAAAGAAACCAGAUGAAGCAAAUGAGACACAAGAUAAUAAAGAAAAGAGUCCGCCUGGAGUUCCACCUCAAUUCCCACCAAAUAUCUAUGAAAUACGUGAAUUAGACUCAGAUUAUGAAAGCAGCGAUGAAUCAGAGAAAGAACAAGACGAGAUUAUUUCAAAGGAUAAGCAUGACAAGAAUAUUGAAGAAUUUAUGAAGGAAGUAGAAUCAGUGCAAAAAAAAAAGGUAGAAGAAAAGAUAUUAGAUAUCAGAAUAGAUCCAACGCCGGAUGUAAAUAUGGGUAAUGAAGAACCACCAAUAGAAAAUGAACAGCCGGAAAUUCUACCAGAAAAAGUUGAAAUACCUAAAAUACCAGAACAACCCAUAGUUUUACCGCCACAGCCAAUGCCACCAAUGGCUUUACCUAGAAUGCCUCAUCCUUUAAUGUUUCGUCCACCUCCUUUACGAGGGCAUUUGGGUAUGGGUAUUCGAAUGCCGCCAGGUAAAUGCUUUAUUCUGUCAUUUGCAAGUCUUAUUAUAAUUAAAUCAUUUGUUAAAUAGGUCCACCGCCAGGUCCAAGACCAGGAAUGCCUCGAAUGGCACCAGGUCCACCACCAAGACAUAAGCAUCACGAUAGAAACCAAAUGAUGCCACCAAAGCAAUCAACAACUACAAUUACAGCAAAACCACAAAUCAGAAAUCUCUCAGCAGAUGUGACUCGAUUCGUGCCAUCAACAUUACGAUCUAAACGUGACGAACCGAGAAAGACGAAACCAAAAUCGUACAUUAGCGAAACUCAGAUGCAACAGGUAACAAUGCAUAAACAACAGCAACACAUGAAAACAAAGGACGAUGCCUAUCAUCAAUUUAUGAAUGAACUUCAAGAUUUACUUUAAGGCAGUGAAAUUUUACUUAAAAAUAAUUAGACAGCAAAUAAAGCUUGCAGAUUUGUGAAUAAUUUAAAGACACUGUGUGUUUUACUGCAAUUCAGCAUCAAUCUAAAUAAAAACAUUGUUCUUGUCACGACUCGUGUGUAAUAAGC